AUGAAUGUUAAUGAUACUGAAAUUUUGAUGUCAAUUAUGGAUUCUGCGGGCUAUCAAAAAACCUCCAUAUUACUAGAAGCUGAUAUAAUAUUCCUUGUGACGUGUGCAAUAAGAGAUAAAGCAGAAAAUAAAAUUUGGCAUAGAUUAAAAUAUUUGAAAAGUUUUAAAACAAAAGAAAAUUUAAAACCUUUGAUUGGUGUAUUGGGUUGUAUGGCAGAAAGAUUAAAAUCAAAACUUUUAGAUGCUGAUAAAUUAGUUGAUGUUGUUUGCGGUCCAGAUGCUUAUCGAUCACUUCCACAUCUUUUAUCACUUUCUUCGCAAACAUCCCAAGGAAUUGCAAAUGUUAUGUUAUCAGCUGAUGAAACUUAUGCAGAUAUAACUCCCGUUAGAUUGCAUAAUGAUAGCAUUAGUGCAACUUUAAGAAUUGAAAGGAGCAGGCCAUUGUUUCCUUCAAUAAUUGAAGAAGUUAAAUUGUUGAGCAGCCAAGGAAUUAAAGAAGUCUUAUUACUUGGACAAAAUGUUAAUUCAUAUCGAGAUACAAGUCAAUAUGAAUCUUACCAAUCAAUCGGCAUUGGUAAUGAAUUAAGUAAUAAAGGAUUUUCUACUAUUUAUCGUCGUAAGGAAGGCGGAAUAAGGUUUACAGAAUUAUUAGAUAAUGUUUCUAUUGUUGAUCCAGAGAUGCGUAUACGUUUUACCUCACCUCAUCCAAAAGAUUUUCCAAUUGAAUUAUUGAAACUUAUAGCAGAACGACCAAAUAUUUGUAAACAAAUUCAUUUACCUGUACAAUCAGGAAACACUCAAGUUUUAAAAAGAAUGAGGCGUGGUUAUUCACGUGAAGCUACAGAUAUAAUUACUGGAUUUUGUGGCGAGACAGAAGAAGAACAUAAGGACACACUUAAUGAUGUUCCUAAAGAUGUUAAGCAACGUCGUUUAUCAGAAAUCAUUAAAGUGUUUCAUCAAAGCGCAAAAAUAAAACUUUCUAAACUUAUUGAUCAACCACAAAUUGUAUUGGUUGAAGGUCACUCAAAACGAAAUCAUCAACACUCUAAAAGAACAUUGUUAAAAGGUCGCACAGAUGCUUCGAUUGGCCAAUUUGAUUCAUUUGUUAAAUCUGAUGGCUUUAGUAUUACCGCUGUUAAAGGUGUAAGAGAGAAAGAAACUUGUUAUGAAAUAUUAAAUUAG